CUGGGGGUGGGGGGGGAAUGGGUUAGUUAUCAUGUUAAUGGCCUCACUGGGGGACCAGGGGAAGUCCUGUAGCCUGGCUGCCUUGAAGUGCAGCCUGGGAUUAACCCCUCCCCCCAGGGGUGAGCUAGUAGCCCUGAGAUGGUCUGGGGGCACUUGGGGGAAAGUGAACUGACUAUUCGCUGAAACCUGUUCACCCCACCCCACCCCCACUACCUUGGGAAAGGGAAGAAGAGUUAAAACCUUUUUUUCCCCCUUUCUUCUUUUGCAGCCAGAAGUAGGUGACCUUAGGACCUGUAACCUGGAAUGUUAAAACCCCUAGAUAGUGCCCAACAGGCAGCUAACAGGACAGCCGGCUGGCUCUGAGACUGGGGAAGUGUAGGGUAUACUUGGAGGAAGCAGGACUUCACUUGGCCUCCUCCAGAUAUGAAAGACUGUCGGUAGGCUGGAGGAGGUGGGGAUGAAAGAGGGCUCCCUAGGGUUUGUGAAAGAUCUGGUGGGGGGAGAGGAGAGUUGAGACCCAGCCUUCAAAGGCCUAAGCUUGUUGUGUCAGGAAUUGAAAGGAGAGGCUUCCAGUUUUCUGAGGGCAUUUGGGGUGGGGCUGCUUCCUAAAAACUUUCCUUGUAGCCCCGACCUUUCCCCCAGCCUCACCUAGGGCUAUGGCCUCCCCCCAGGCAGCCACUUUUAAAGACUCUGUCCUUGUGGUCCACCCGGAUUCUAAUGGCUUCUGCUCUUCGACCUGAAACCCUUCGGUGGUAGAAGGGCACAGGUCCCUUGGAGCCUGAAGUGGGAGGGUGCCAGACCACGUACUCAGAGAUUGCACUGCAAAACCUUGAACAUCAGGCAUGAACAUUGAUUCAGUAUUCCUUAACAGCCUUACAAUCCAAUUUGAGAGAUAAGACUCCCAUCACAAUAAGAGACUGUGUGAAAUCUUUUACUUUUAUAUAGUGCUUUAUUUAUAAAACACUUUCACAUCUUCUCAUUAAAACCCUAUGAGGUGGGUGGCGAAAGUGUAGUCUCUUCCAUUGAAGAAACAAAGAGGCUCAGACAGGUCAAUGACUUUCUUCCUAAGGUCAUAUGGCUAGUAACUCAAACCUAAGUCUCCUGACUUGCAGCCAUAUUUCCACUACACCAAACUGCCUUCCUUUCCCCAGUGGAGGUGGGAAAGUGUAAUAGGAGAUCAAGGUGGAGGAUCAGUGUGAAUCUGGGUGGUGAAGGAAUGCCUGCUGAAUGAGAUAGGCUGUCAGCUGGAUCUUGGAAGACAGGAAUGAUUUUGAUAGGAUGAGAUUGGGAGGUGGAGGACUUUCCCAGAGAGAAAACAAUCAACUGAGACUCAGUAAAGGGCUAGGUUUUGUAUGCUCCUGGAGGGCAGUAUCUCCAGUUUCUAGCCCAGUUCAUCGCAUGUAGCAUUUAAUAAAGUGGAAUUGAAUCUCAAGUGGUACCUCGUACUGUCCUUUUUCUGUAUUUUGUAUUACAGUUAGGUGUGUAUGGGUUGUGGCCUGCUUUAGCAGGCUUCUGAUAAAGGGACGUUGUCUUAUUUAAACUUGCUGGCUUCUCAGUUUAGAGUUUCGCACCCAACUAGACUUUUAAUAAUUUUCAUUGAAUUAAGUCACUUUAGGGAUAGUGAAUAGAUUUAGUUUGGCUGGGCACCUGGCUGGUAUAGGAAAGCCAUGAGAAAUCAGGGGCCAGUUCCUGGGAGACUUUGAAUGCUGGUCUGAGGACUUUGUGGUUCUGGAACCAUCGUAGGUUUUUAAGAAGGGGAAAUGAUGUAAUCGAAGCUAUGCUUGGGGAGGAUUAAUCUGGCACCCUAGUGUAGGGAUGAUUGGAAGAGAAGGCCUCAGGAUGUCUAUUAAGAUUGUUGAAAUUAGAGACAAGUGAGGGGAGCAAAGGAAGAAGUCUCAAAGAUAACUGGCUUUUGAGUAUAGAUAAAGACAGGUGGCUUGUGUUUGGGGGUGGUGGGGGAGAUGAAGGGUGACUUUGAGUGGGGUAGUCAUCCUGUGGAUGUGUCUAGCAGACAUGUGGAGAUGCUGCCCUGAUCUAUGGGGAAAAGAGCUAGGCCUUGCAGAGAUGGUCUUAAAGGACAGGAUAUUUAUUAUGGGUUUUAUGGUGCCUAGGGAAGUAUCUGAGGACCUCUGGGUUCGAGUCUGGGUCUUCCUCCACCCCAGGUUAAUGAUUCUGAGAUUUAAAGGAAGUUUAUCAGCAGCGUGUCUGGCCUCUGGCUGGAGAGAAAUUCUCGGAGGUGGCAAGCCCCACCCAGUCCUCCCUGAGGGAGAGGGAGCUAUCUGCUCUGAUCUGCCCCUCCCUUUAGUCACCUCAUCUUCCCUCCCAUUCUCUGGCUCUUAAUAAUAACCUCCGAGUGACCUUGUGGUGUCCCUGGCCUUCUUUAGUGCCUCGGUCUCCCCUCUUGGAAGGGGGAGAGAAAGGGAAAGGGGGAGAGGGACCUCCUUUAUCAGGAACAGUCAGUAGUCCUUAGGUGGUGACCCUUUAGUACUAAUCAGGAUGGGGAAGGAUUAUAAGAAAGGUCAUGACUGUACAGGUCUCGGUAGAUGGGUGUUUGUGUGGGCUGUGUCUGCAUGUACAUUUCUAUGAGCUUGUGCAUGUGGGUUUCCUUGGAUCUGUGGGUCAGUGCCCGUCUAUGUGAAUGUGUGUUUUGGUCUGUGUUGUAGGCAUGUUUUUUGGUGGGUCUGUCUUGUCUAUGUGGAUGUUUGUGUGUCUGUGUCUUUGUGUGUUCAAUCCACAAGUGGUUAUUGGGCCUUUAGCACACAUGUCAUUCUACCACAGACCCCCAAAGAGGCCCUGGAGUUUUUUGGUUUUGUUGUGGGUUUUGGGGGAAAAGUGGUCUUGAGUUCUCCCCACCUCCCAGGUCAGCACCCCAGCUACUCAGGGCCAUUAGACAAAUUGUUAUUUACAUUAACAAGUGUGUCAGGGAAAGGCCAGGAACGGCCCCAGUAAUUGUCCCUGACUGGCAGUCAGGCCUUUAUGGUGGGGCUCCUGGAGCCUGCAUUUUUAGGAGCCCUGAAUCCCUAGGGGAGGCCCAAUAAGGCUCUAAACACCAGUAAAUAAUGCCUCCUUCUGGCCUCCCACCGGUGCUGAGGCUGGGUGGGGGGAGGGGGCGGAGUCAGAGGUGGAGUUAAAAGCAAGUAAGUCCCCCACCUGACAAACCUCCACCUGGCCCCAGCCAAAGGAUACCCAAGUUCAUUCUCAGCCCCCCCCACCUAUUGUUUUAAAGGGCCAAUAGCUGGGAUGCUAUUAACAUAAUGAUUGAAAGCUCUAGGGCCCUGGGUGGGAGAGGAGGGGUCAGGCUUGUCCCCCAGCGCUAGCCUCAACUACAGUCUCUCUUCAAAGUCUGAGGGGGCCUUGCCCCCCUGUGCACUCUGAGGUCCAAGUGCCUCCACUUCCAGUCCAGUCCAGUCCAUCGAUCAAGCACCAGUAGCUUUGGCUCCACGACUGUGUCCAGGACCAAGAAGAGGCAGAGAAGCCAUCCCAUCCGAGAGAGGAGGUCUGGGUCCUGCCUGCAGCUGCAGCCAGCCAAGUCAAGCUGGGCAUGUUUAACCACGAGGGGCUGCCUCCGGGCAACUUCAGCCUGGGCCAGGGCACGAUGCCUGAUGGGUCCUCCCACUACGGUAAAGGUGGCUACGUCGGGGGAAGCACCCCAAGACCAUCCCAGCCCCAGCAACCAUCCCAGACCUUUUUUACCUUCCCUUCAGCAGUGAAGAGUGAGUACAGCUUGGAGGGACCCUCGACCCCUGACUCCAGCCAGACCAAGGGGUGGUAUGCCUUCUCUGCACCCCCACCCCCAGCUGAAGCCGGGCAGGCCAGUGCCUCCCACAACCUUCACCUCAUGGCACCCAAAGAGGAAGACUCAUCCUGCUCUUCCCCUUCCUCAUCAUCCUCUGGGGCUCCUGAGCGGGACCUCAGGGAGACCGUCGUCCCCGAAGCUAAGUACUGUGCCCAUCCGGGCCCAGCCUACUAUGCGCCUUCUUGGACGGGGCCCUUCUGGCCGGGCCUGGGUAGCAGUGGCUCGGUCCCCACUGGGGCACUGCCAGGUCCCCCUCUCCCUCCCCACCCUCUCCAGGCUCUGGGGACCUUUCCAGGUCCUAGGCCCCUUUACCCAGCCCCUCUCCAGCAGCCCCAGCCAGGGCUGGGCAGCAGCAGCAGCAGCAGCAGCAGCGUCAGCAGCAGUAAUGUCAGUAGCAGCGUCAGCAGCACCAGCGGUUCCAGCGGGGCAGCCAGUGAGGAGGGCAUCCCAUCCAGCGACAGUGGAGAGGAGGACACACCAACCUCCGAGGAACUGGAGCUGUUUGCCAAAGAACUGAAACACAAGAGAAUUUCCCUGGGUUUCACUCAGGCUGAUGUGGGCAUGGCCUUAGGCACACUGUAUGGGAAGAUGUUCAGUCAGACAACUAUCUGCCGGUUUGAAGCUCUGCAAUUGAGCUUUAAGAAUAUGUGCAAAUUGAAACCACUACUUCAGAGGUGGCUGCAGGCUGUUGAAAACACUGACAACCCUCAGGAGAUGUGCAGUAUGGAACAAGUGCUAGCCCAGGCUCGAAAGCGUAAACGUCGUACAAGUAUUGAGACCAGUGUGAAGGGGACCCUAGAGGGCUUCUUCAGGCGUUGUGGGAAGCCCACUCCACAGCAAAUCUGUGACUUGGCAGAAGAGCUGCACCUGGACAAAGAUGUGGUUCGAGUCUGGUUCUGCAACCGAAGGCAGAAGGGUAAGCGGCUUCUUCUGCCCUAUGGAGAAGAUGGCGAAGCAUUGCCUUAUGAGCUGGCCCCAGGCACUGCCCUCGUCCUGCCAACUGCUGCUGUACCCCAGAACUAUGCAGCACCCCCGCCACCUGUGCCCCCUGCCCUCUAUAUGUCCACCUUUCCUAAGGGUGAGCCCUGCAUCCCAGGCAUGCCCAUGCCUAAUGGGGGCAUCUGAGCCAGGAUCAGCAUUAUAGGAACUCACUGGGGGCUCAGGAUGCCUCUUGCCCCUUCCUUCACUUGCCCUAUGCUGGUGACUGGCCAUUGUCUGAGAUACAGUGGUCAGGCCUUUUCCCAAUCCUAGAUUCUUUUUCUGCCCCUCCACUGCCCAUAUCUAGGUUUUUUUGGGCAUCUGAAAAACAAUAUUCAGGUCUUUUUUCUCUCCCUUCUUUCACCUCACACUCCCAAACUUGUGAUGGGUUUGGGAGCCAGUUUGAAAAUAAAAGUUGGGUGGUAACU